CUGACCAUGAGUCGGAUAAAGGAGACGACUGUCCUGGAAUUAGGAUGGUCAAGUAUCCAGGGUGGUCAGUGAGGUGGUCAGUAGCGCUGUAAGUUGAUACGGUCCAAGCGGUGGAAGUUUUCUGAAUUAUGUGGACUGUGUCCUUGGGCCUGUCCUCAGUGGUGAUUAGAAAGAGGGAGGAGUUAGGUAGAAUGAUGGACAAAGUUAAGUUGUCAAGUCGUUCUUUUUUUCUUUCUGCGUUGUGUCAGUGUUUUGCGGUAGUGAAGGGUAGAGGAAGAAGGGUUUUGACCCUGGUUGAUGACAGCGGCUUGAUUUAGUCCAUUGUGUGCGCUAUGGGUCUGUGAGAAGUGCGCAAACGAUUCCAAGUGCCGAGUUGCAUUAGCUGUGACAACUACGAGCGUUGCCUCAAUACAGGGGCGCCCCGACAGGCGUCUGUGAGUUGUAAUGUUUGUGGGAAGCGGGAAAAAUGCCGCAGGAAUGGUAUCUUUUUAGUUAAGGUCAAGUGAGAUCAAGCCGAACACGAGGUGACCACAGAACCCCCGUCAACAAACCGUUUAUAAAAGUAUUUAUCAUUCGAAGCGAAGCCAUUAGGAGUAGGGCCCUAUCCAUCAAACUGCACAUGCUAACUAUAGGUCACGGAGCCGCUCUCUGAUUGGGCGCCGCCGUCACGUGGUGGGAUCGCCAAGACAAGAUGACAGCUCGGGGGAGGGCUGACCAUAACAGAAAUACGACAACACCAGAAAAAUUAUUAUUUUCCACCCUAGAAAUUAAUGAUCAUGAGUUCGUUCUUGAUGAACUCUGGCUACGUUGACCCAAAGUUUCCCCCCGUAGAAGAAUACUCGCAAAAUAGCUAUAUCCCGAGUCAAAUUCCUGACUACUACGGUACGCCAAGUCCUCAGCGCGCUCAGAACUAUGGGCCGGCGGCGUUUCAGCGUGCUACGUACACGGAGUCGUCGUACAACCAUGUAAGUCAGGCCGCCAGAAAUGUGCCACCGCCGCAGCCGAGCCACGGCCAGGCCCCGGGACCCGCGCCGGGACCGGACACGCCGCCGCCGCACAGCCGCCCGACAGCCACCCUGAGUACGGUACAACACAACCACAACGUCCCGCCGCCAGCCCCCAGCCAACCGACACCGCCUCCUCCUCCUCCUGCUACCUCCACCACCGCCACCACCACGGGCUCCGACGGCGGCAGUCCUCCGUCCAACGGUCCGCCCACAGUCCCGAUGGUCUACCCCUGGAUGAAGAAAGUCCACUCCAACACAGGCAGCACGUCGUACAAUGGCCAGGACUCCAAGCGGUCCCGGACAGCGUACACUCGACAACAAGUUCUGGAGCUGGAAAAGGAGUUUCACUUCAAUCGGUACCUGACGCGGAGGCGACGGAUAGAGAUAGCACACUCUCUGGGACUGACGGAGCGACAGAUCAAGAUCUGGUUCCAGAACCGCCGGAUGAAGUGGAAGAAGGACAACAGGCUCCCCAACACCAAGACCCGGUCUUCUUCGGCGUCGAGCGGCGGUUCAGCCGGUAACAACAGCUCAGUAGUACGGCAUAACCACCACGGGGUAUCUCAGGGUAUCGUCUCUGAACACGGCAUGAUAGAACUCUAACACUACCAUCCUUUUCAACCGUGAGUUUCUCCAAAACAAAAUUACCGGAGUCAAAAAAUCGAGUACCAGCAACAUUCUUUCUCUCUCCUCCCGAAAAAAAUAUUGGAGCUGAGACGAGGCAGUAUUUAUUAUUAUACGAGUUGAAGUAUUUAUAUUUCACAACAAGCCGAGUGUAAAUUAUUAGGAAAGUUGUGUAUAUGUGUCCCCUGGCGUUGUAGCGGUAGAGAAUAGGAGGGGCUUUUGCAAUACAUAAGAGAGGAGUGUACUGUAUCAUAUGGACGAUAGAGCCCCCCACCCCACCCCAUCAUAUGUAGUAGUAACACGUGUACGAGUGAGAUCCUUUUGUCCGAGUCUAUCCGUCAUCUGGACAUUGUAUCGAUGUGAGUGUGUGUGUGCGUGUGUGUUCCUGUACUUCAUUUACCGUCUAUUAUCCUAUCCUGCUGCCCAAUUCUUAGCCAAAGACUGUAUAGUAAGCGUAUAAUUUCCACCGGUGUCCUUUUUCACUCUGGUGCAAGCGACACCUAGUACCUAGGGAAUUUCCACCUGUGUGUCUAGAUUUCACUAAGUAUGUAGAUCGCAUUCAGACCAAACGCAUGGAUUUCGUGAACAAAAAAAGUUGUAUACCUAAGUCAUAUUAAUGCACAAUAAUGUUACCAAAAAAACGUCUCAGGGUUAUAUUAAGAAUACAAUCGUUGUAUAUUUUCUGAUGAGCUUUGUAUGUGAAUCUGUUAUGAUUAUUAUUAUUAUUAUGAUUGUGUGAUCCCGAUGUAUUAUUAGUGUUUUAAAUUAUGCUGUAGUCGUUUUGCUACUUCUCUCUCCAUCUCUCUAUUGUUUGUGCCAAUGCCAUUUGAUUCUGUCUUAUGACGUAACAAGGAGGGUUGCCCAAAGUAACAGGAGUAAAGAAGAGCCGUGACAUGUUUGAAGAAAUCCCACCCCUGUGUUGCUAAUAUCUAAUAAAUUAU